AUGCGGUCGUCUACACAACGGACCUCGGCAAAUAUUGGCCGCAGGGCUCAGACAAGUGGCGUCGGGAUGCCGCCAGGUCCGUUACCAACACAGCGCCCAGUUUUCCACUUCUCCCCAACAGAUGACGGUGUUGGACGUCCAGGUCGUGAGUACGACGACAUAAGUCUCGAUACUGCGCUGAACACGGAACUGAACAGGGUCCACUCUGAAUGUGACCGGUUCCAGGCGUGGUUCGAGCAGGCCAGCAAAAAGCUGCGCGAGACGCUGCAGCAGAAGGAUGAACUGGGGCAGAAAUACGACGAGUUGAAGCAACAGAGGGACUCUUACAAGUCGCAGCUGCAGACUGCUCAAGAGGAAAACGCCGCACUACGGGCUGAGCUCGACACUUUUCGGUCCGCAAACGCUGAGCUGGGGGCUCGCCACGAACGACUGGCCAGGCAACUGAGAAGUUUGGAAGAACGGCACAACACGCCGCCCUUUGGCGCGGGCGCCGCCGAUCCUGCCGCUCCCCACGCUGCUGCUGCUGCCGCCGCCGCCGCCGCACCGGCAUCACUCCCAGACCGCACACGGUCAUCCCGCAAGCCAGUCGCAAAGGAACAUUGCCAGCAUCGUGGCCAUGAGGGCAGGAGCCGAGAGGGGUCUAGGGUGUCUUCCAAGGAGUCCAAGGAAUCGCAGGAGACCAGAGAGUGGGAAGAGUACAUGGGGUCUCAGGCGGCAGAAAAGGAACGGCUCAAGAGCCGGUUCGGAGACAAGUCGUCCAAAACGACGUCUUCGUCCACACGUGCCCCCAGACACGGCUUCGUCGAAGGCUGGGUGCCAGGACCCGGACUUGAGCAAGUUGGGCUCCCCGGCCGUGCCCCAACGAGCCAGGUUCCAGCAAUGUCGGCAGAUUUGGACGGCAUGCUAUACUCUCCGGCAUCGCGCGCGCGCGCGCACGCACACGCACACGCUCACGCUCACGCACACAUGUACAAUUCAAACGCAGCAGUAUAUGACGGUGGGUGCAAGUACAAGCCCUUCCCAAUGACCGGGUAG